AUGGCACCGAAGAGCCGCAUCAUCAUCGAUACCGACCCGGGUGUUGAUGAUGUUCUCGCUCUACUGUUGGCGUUUGCCGCGAGGAAAGAAGAGCUCGAAGUCCUCCUCGUCUCCCUGACAUUCGGAAACAUCGAUGUGCAGAGCUGCCUCCGGAACGUUGUGUCGUUGUUCCACUGGAUUGAGAAAGAGAUCGAGUGGAGGAAGGCGAAUGGGAUAUCGGAGGGUUUUGAGGCCUUGAGAGCCCACAAACCACUCGUCUCGGUUGGCGCCGAAGAGCCGCUCGCGGACCAGAUGAUGCUGGCUGACUACUUCCAUGGGAUCGACGGACUGGGUGGAAUCCACUCGAGCCACCCCCACCUCACUCCGGAGGAAACGUGGAAGAGCCUGUUUGCAUCUGCUCUUUCUUCAUCUGAUGCGGACACUGUAGCUGCUGCGCGUGAAGCCCAACAGCCGAACGCGCUAUUUGCCCCUUCGGCGCAACGCUCACACUUGGAGAUGCUGCGGCUGCUGCGCGAGAACGAGCCCAACACCAUCUCCAUCAUUGCCAUCGGGCCGCUGACAAACUGCGCUCUGGCUGCUGCCACGGAUCCGGAGACGUUCCUGCGCGCCAAAGAGGUCGUUGUCAUGGGCGGCACCAUCGCUGAGACCGGAAAUGUACUACUCCCUCCAUCCUCAAGAGCCUCGUCGGCCAGGCCUGAGCGACCACCGCCCUUCAACUUGAUCAAGGCGCCAGAUACAGCAUUGAGAGCAUCGCUAAACAGACGCAAUCAGGUCACUCCCGUAGCCGAGUUCAACACGUAUGCCGACAGCAUUGCUGCCGCGCGUGUCUAUGCACUCACGAGCCGUCUCCCGGAGAGCACCAUGCCGCCGAUACCGCCUGCCCCGCCGGGGAAAGAGCAUGACCACUUGAAGCCGUAUCCGAAGAAUCUGAGCAAGAGGCUCAAGGUGGCCAUGUUUCCUCUUGACAUCACGCACAAGCACGAACUCACCCGCGGCCAAUUCGACACGGCCAUCGCGUCCAGCUACACGGCCGGAUCCCCACUCGCCAUGUGGGCGUCGGCAUUCCUCAGUAGCACCUUCCGCAAGAUCGAAAGCCUGUCCAGCUCCGACAGGGAUUCGGUGGCGGAGACGGUCUCGCUGGCCUUGCACGACCCGCUCUGCGUGUGGUACGCCAUGAGCCCGGACGACGCGCGUUGGAAAUGGGCGCCGGGCCGCGCAGACCGAGCAGGCGUGCCGGGCGAGGAGGAGGGAUACGAGGACAUCAGGGUUGAGACGAGUGGGCAGUGGACGAGGGGCAUGUGCAUGGUGGACCGGAGGGAGCGGAGGCUAAGGAACGAUGAUGGCGAAGGGGGAGAGGUGGCGGGAGAUACGGGGAACUGGCUGGGGAGGAAAGCGGGCAACAGGAUCAGGAGGUGCGUCGGGAGCCCGGGUGAGGAGAGGUUUGCGAAAGAGCUGCUGGAGAGGGUUUUUGGUUAA